AUGCCUCAAUACUUUGGAAACACCACAUGCGCGGUGUAUGAAACUUUCGAGCUUGAAAACCCUGGAUUGAUAACCCGGAUAUGGAACUUCACAGUGACGUCUGCGACUAGGGCCCAGGACUUCACAAUGACAUUGAUAUCAGGAGUAUGGAAUAAACAUGGUAGUUUGACAGAAGUGGUGACUGGUAAAGUGUGGAGUGUACUUGAGUACAUCUCGAUUGGAUCCAUGGAAUGGAUCCGGAGCAUAGCUACGUGGAUUUCGGAGAAGAUCUUUACGGCUCUUACAUGGCUUUCAGACUUAACGUGGAGAGGAGCAAAAUGGUUCGGUCCAAUGGCUUGGAAUUGUAUCCAGUGGUUGGCCGAGUUUCUCUGGGAUGAAGUUCAAUGGUUGGCAGAGCUGACCAUCAACAAUACGUAUUUAUUCGUCGGAAUGGUUUGGAGUACAGCUGCAAAUCUGGUCGAGAUAAUGUUCAACGCGGUAUCGUGGAUUGUAAAACCCCUUGCGCAAGUCUUCUACUAUAUCACUGACGUUGCUGUUGAGUUUUACACUGACUAUUUACAUGGUAAGUGAAAAGCUUUUAUCUUCUCAGAGACAUCAUUUGAGGGCACCGUGAUUUAAGUUUUCAACUCUGAAAAGUUGAUUUAUUUUCAGGCUGCAUGAGAAAUAGUAUUGAUAUCUGCCGUGAGCGUUAGCGAAUUCAAAUGAAGUGGCCUACAGAGUUCUAGUUAUUUAUGCUGUUAAUUUGCUUAAAUUUUUUUCAAGUCUAGCUACGGUAACUUUGGAGGAUUGUAGGGAUUCCUUUGAAAGUACACCAACAGGAAGUUAUCAGUGUCAAAACAUAAUUCAAGUGCUUGAAAUUAUAUUUGAACAGAAAAUAUGAUGAUAAAUUGACGGUAGCUACGAAUCUUUUGUUUCUUCAACAGAACACGUGAAAAUUGUCCUAGCUCGCUUUCUUUUCUUGUCCUGGCAAGAUGGUGUCUAUGCGUUCUUCGCUGGUUUGGUUAUGAAUUUCGGUUUCUUGGUCGCUGCCCUCCUCGCAUACUGGUUACUUUUAAGAACUGUGCGCUUUAUCGGACGAAAAUGGUAAGUUGCACUCAGCGGUUUAGAAAAUCAGAGACAAUAAAAAAAAGCUCAAAUGCCAUCGUUUAAGUGUUUGAAGCCAUCUUAGAGAAACAUCUACAACUAACUCAAUUAUGUGCAACGUCUCGGUUUGUCAAUUUGAGGUUAAUCAAGGGAUUUUCACUAACUUUACAACUUUCUUUGACAUUUCGUAUCAUGAGGAAAUGUAUGUUUUGAAACUUAUCUGUUCUUCCUUCCCGCCCUGCAGGCAAGAGUAUAAAGACAGAAAGGCUGCCGCCAAUCCGCCUCCUAAACCACCCCAGAAACCAAUUUGGCAACGAAGGCAGAGGAAGAAAAAGAAAAAGCAUCAUGACGAGUGGUAG